AUGAAUAAAAUAUCAGAUCCUAUUUUAUCAACGUUAGAUUCUCAUAUAUUGGGUGCUUCCCAACCAGAUUCUGGAGUGAAAUUAUUAGACGAUAUUUUGAACUUACAUUUUAGGUUAUAUUAUAAUAUCUCGAAAUAUAAAACAUCUACUAAUAAAAAUAAUAAUGAACAAAUCAUUGGUAAUUCUAAUUUUGUUAAAAGGUUAGAUAUUCUAUUAAAAGAAUGUGAAAAACUUCAAAUUGUAUGUGAUCAAUCCAUCCAAUUGACUAUUUUAUCUAGCAAUAAACCAUAUUUAGAUUUGGUUUUGAACAUUUUACAAAAUUGUCAAGCUAUUAUAUUAUUUUAUAAAGGUAACAAAGAAAGAUCAAUAGAGUAUUUUAAUAAAUUGAAGCAUUUUGCACCAUCUAAACUAGCACCUUAUGAUAAUUUUAAUUUGUUAUUACAACUAGAAAAAUUCUAUUACAAUGAACUAAACACAUUAAAUCUUAAUGAAUCUGUAGAUGUUAUAUCAAGAUUAAAAACUUUAUCUAAAUAUUUUGUUAAAGAUGUUAUACCUUUCACAAAAAUUAUAUGCAAUGGUUAUAUUUUUGAUUAUUUUAGAUCAAUCUCUCAGACACUCCAAUUACAUUUAAACCAAUUAGAUGCAGUCUCCGAUACCGAUAAACUUCUAUUCUUUUUCAUAUUUAUUUUAAAUAAUGAUCUAAAAUUAAAUGAUCUUUUAAAAUUUAAUGAAGUGUUAUUAGAGUAUUCUAAGAAAGAUAAAAAUCUGUUAAAUGCAAAAUUCCCUACUGCUUUGCAAAAGAAUAAUAAAUAUUUAGAACAAUUCCACGUAAUUUUGCAACUUCAUUUAACCAAAUUGCAUUCAAUAGGACUAUUUUCAACUGAAGAUGAAAAUAACAUUAAAAAAGUUAUUGAUCCAUGGAAACCCUUUAUCAUAUCUUCAAUGGGCUUAACCUUCCAAAGUCAUGUCGUAGCGAAAACUGCCAUGAUAUUUUUCUAUUCUAUUGAGGAAGGGUUUGAAUCUAUCUUAAAUUUCGAAAAUAUAAUUAAAUUCUAUGACACUGACAAAGCUGAUACUCUGCAUACUCAUGUGUUUUUAAUUGAUUCAUAUAAUUCUCUUUUGUCUAUUAAUGAUAAAUAUUUUGAUUCCCACAAGAGCAAGGACACUUAUUCAGAUGAAUUAUUUACUCAUUUGGUUGCCCUUUAUCAAAAUCUUAACCUCAAAAUAUUUGCCAUAGAUAAUAAUGUCGACAAUAAUAGGGAAUCGUUAAAUUUUAUCUCUAACAAUACUAGUAUUAUUUUACCAAAAACAAUCUCUGAUAUGCUAAUUAAAGCAUGGUAUAUACUUUACGAUUUAAAUUCCAAGAAAAUAGAUUCUUUACAAUCCUUCCAAUUAACUUCACAUCUUUGUAAUGCAAUGGCAUUACUUUCAAAUAAUGAGGCAAUUACUGAAUAUAAAAAUCAAUCUAAAUCAUUUAAAUUUGAAAUUUAUUAUAAAUAUGCUUAUACUUUGGCUUCAUUGCGAGAGAUCGAUUUGUCGAUCAAUUUUUUACAAUCUUUUAUAUUAAAAGAAAACCCAUUUUUUUAUAAAGCUUGGCAUCUUUUAUCACUUUGCAAAUCUAUUAAGGAAGACAAACAAGAUUCAUACACGAUUAUAUGUUCAGCACUGGAAUCUUUACAAAAUAAUGAUAAUGAUACAGACAAUGACACACAAGAAAGAAAUAAUGAGACAGCUUGGGAAAUCAUUAAUUUUAAAAUAACCGAACUAUAUUUAAUUGAUGAAAUAUUUGGUACAAGGGAAUCAAUGGAAUCUCUACCAGAUCUUUUUGAAACAUUCCAUAAUGUUUAUAAUAAUGAUUCCAAACCAGAUAAGAGACAGAAACUACAGUUACAAAAAAUAUGGUUAUUAACGGCUGAACUCUACAUGAAAUUAUAUGAACAAGAAAAAGAAACUGAAAACAAUAAUAAUGGUGACGACAAUAGUGCUGACCGUAAUGAAGAUUUUUCAGAUUUAUUAAAACAAGCUAAGGAAGCUAUUAGGGAAGCCAAGAAAUUAACAACAAAUUCAACGGAUAUGAAUUGUAGUAUCAUGGAAGGUUAUUAUUACAUAUUGGAAGGAGAUUUAAUAACUGCAUCAAACAAGUUUGAAAAGGCCCUUGAUUAUGACAAAAAUAAUGUUGAUGCACUUGUUGGUUAUUCUCAAUUAAUAUUUUUAGAUAUAGAGAAUCAAAAACAGAAUGAAAGAUUUAGUGAAAAUAUCCAUAAUCUAGAAAACUAUUUGCCAUUAAUAGAAGCAAAAUUGCGUGAUGCUCAUCAAAAUACACAUUCUAGUAAAUCCAAACUUUUUAUCAACAAAAGUAAUCAAUUGGCAGCCCUAGCAUAUGUAAAAUUACUUCUAGAACGUAGUAUCACAAAAUCCAUUGAUGCCUUCUAUUCUGGUGAUAUAUGGUGGUAUUUAUCGUUAAUAUAUGAGAAAUAUCAAGAGAGAGAAUUUCAAAAUGCUCUUCUUACCUGCAUUCGCAACAAAGAGACCACCCCAAUCCGCUCAUUUAGAUGUUUACAAUAA